AUGACAACGUUAGGCUGUGGCAACAUAUAUAAAACUCAGCAGAUCAAUUACAUUUGCGAAAACAUUCAUGGAAUAACUACACUACGUCCCGCAGCAUUCCAACAUUCCACAACAUCACACAACGUCCCAACAUUUCGUAACAUCUUACAACAUUUCACAACAUUCAACAACACCCCACAACAUUCCACAACAUCAGACAACGUCCCAACAUCCCACAACACUCUAACAUCGCACAACAUUCCACAACACUCCAACAUCCCUCAACAUUCAACAAUAUCCCUCAACAUCCCGACACUCCACAACUUUCCAAAACAUUCAACAUGA